AUGUGGCUGCUCAAAAUCGCUACCAUAGCAGCAGCAGUAACAGCAGGCGGACUCAACUUCAAUAGCGCUGCCGGUUGCAACAACGAGCUCGCCUCCUCCACCUCCACCGCCGCCGCCAACGUCGACAUCGACAUCGACGACAACCACAUCGACCGUAGCACCACCAUCGCCUCCUCCGCCUCCAACGACAACUUCGAGGACUUCGACUUCAACUCCACCUCCCCCGCCGCCUCCGCCCCCAACGACAACUUCGAGGACUUCGACUUCAACUCCACCUCCCCCGCCGCCUCCGCCCCCAACGACUCUGAGGACAACUUCAUCAGCAGCGCCUCCACCACCACCCCCGCCAACAUCGACAACACGGCAAGUUCAAACCACAACCGCUCCACCGCCAGUGUUCUCAACACCGCCGCCGCCAUCAUCCACGACGACUAA